AUGGGGUUUGAUGACUAUACAGUCCAGCCUGGCGAUACUUUUAUUAGUAUCGCAAUGAGGUUUGAUAUGUCUGUCUAUUAUCUUCUUCGAAUAAACCGCCUCUCUGAAGUUUCAGAAAUUUUCCCAGACAUGAUUUUAAAAGUGAAACACAAAGAAUUUAGCUCUGAGUCAAAACAAAAUUCUUCUGAUAACAUAUGCUAAUUUAAACUAAAUACAUAUUUUUUUAUUAUAUUAAUUUAAAAAAAAUUAUGAUAGCAAAAGAGAAUAAAAAUACGUAACCUUACGCCUACAACCAUAAAAGAGCCAAAUCUAGGGACUGGAAAUCAAAAAAAAAUCCCCCAGCAUGAUUAUGACAAUAUUUUUACUACUGAUGUCUUAUACUGCACUUUUGAAGGAGAAAUCAAAGGGCAGCUUUGUAUAUUUAAUAAUAGGCUUGCGUUUAACCCUAUUUUAGUUGAUAAUCUGCACUGUGAAAUCGUUCAGAAUAAAACUAAAAAAUUGAUACUUGCUGCGCAUGCUCAGACUUUUAUAUGCUUUUGGGAUAUUUUCAACGCAAUACAAUACGAGCUUCCUCCAAUAGAAGAAGAUCAGCCUCCAAUGCAUUUUAUACAGUUUUUCCUGUCAAAAAUAGGAAAAGAUACAAAUGUUGCCAAUAAGAAAAAUGCUCCUAAAUGAUGUGUGAAUUUUCAGCUUUUGCCAAUUAAAAAGAAUUAUGCAGAAUUGAAAGGAAAAGCACUGACUUCCCUCAGUUAACAACCAAAAACAAUUUGUUUGCCCAGCUUUUUUCGAAAUUUAAAAAUUGGAAAGUAAAAUUAAUUUUAUUUGCAUUUUUAAAUUUUAGAAUGGAAGUUUUGUUUAAAAUUAUAAUAAUUAUCAUUAGCAUAUUAAUACUUUUAUAAAUUUUUAGUUUCUUUCCCAAAAAAUCGGAUUUUCCAAUGGUUUUGCUCCAUUACUAAGAGGGGAGUAAGGAUAAUUAGUUACGUUACUGCAUAUGCUCACAACCCUAAUAAGAGCAUAGAAGAGAAUUAUCAAACUUUUGUACCGUAUUAUGAAAUUAAUGAAGAUUCUGAAGAAAAUCUGGAACUUAAAGUAAAUGAGCCAAAUAAAGAAAGCAAGGGCAGUAAUGAAAAUAAAGAUAUUGCAGAGCAAAAUACUAAGCGAGCAGAGUCACCAAAUAAAAUUGCGCCAUCAGAGGAACAAAAAACGCAAACUAAAACUGAAAACGAUAUAGAAGUAGAAAAUGAUCCAAAAACUAAUAAGGACAAAAUUUCAGAAAAAAAUAUAAAUAAUUCAAUACAACAGAUAGAAGAGGAGAGCAAGGUGUGAAAUCGUGUAAAAAUCUGUAAGCCAAAACAAAGAAGCAAAAUAGAAGAAGAAAGUGAAAAAUCAGAGCAGGGUACUAAAAAUAGCGCAUUAAUCCCAAUAUCUAAGGAAGAAGGAAAUAACUGCAAUUCUGAUAAAGCAACCAAAAAUAAUGUGAAUCAGCCUAUUAAAGCUAUAUAUAGUGAUAUCAAGAAAAGCUUUACAGAAUCUGAGCUAAAUCAGCUGGCUUCAUCAUCAUAUAAAAGUGAAACCAGCUUAACUGAGGAAGAGCCAAUCAAAUCACAAAUGUCAAUUGAUUCCUUCAAAGACGAAAUCCCCAACUCCGAUCAUGAUGAAAUCGUCAUGCCAUGGUCGACCCCUCACAAAAAUAGCCUCGAUGUUUUGCUCACAAGCUUUAAUUCAGAAAAAAUCCGGAUCAAGCACACUCCAAGAAAAAGCUCACUUGACUCAGGCCCGAAAAAAAUAAAAUCUGAGGCUAGCUUUGAAGAUAUACCUAUUGAAGAUGAGCCAGAAGAGCCUCUUCUUAUUCCUCUUCCUGACCUUUCUGAGCCUUCUACAAUUUUAUCUGAAAAUAUGAUAUAGCCAAUUAGACUGAUUGGUUAUUUAAGAGAUGUGAGUAAAUCAGCUAAAUUCUUAAUUAAAAAAUUACUUAUCAGUCUAACUGACUAUAAAACAAAUAGUCAUAAAUUUACCAAUGAUGUACCAAAUCCGAUCGUGAAAAUUAGCAUACUCCCCUAAGCUUCAUGGUACAUCUUUAGCAGCAUUUUAUAGAAAUUUAUCAAAAGUCGGGUCAUCAAUAAUUGUCGUUUUAACCCAACAUAUGCAAAUAUUUGGAGGUUUAGCGUCAGAUACGUGGGCUCCAUCCCAUCAAUUUUAUGGAAAUGGGGAUUGCUUUUUAUUUACAUUUCAUAAUACUAAAAAAAUCAAGUGUUUUUUCCCUACAUUGGAAAAUGAAUAUUUCAUGGCUUCCAGCUUUGAAGGAAUUUCUAUGGGAUCAGGGUAAUUUCUAUUUAGUGGGAAAUCUGGGUUUUAUAUAUAUGGAGACCUUAUGAAAGGUUCAAGCGGUGUAAGUAAGACAUACAAUAAUGAGGUCUUAAUUUCUUCCUCAGUGAACAAGCGAAUUUUUUUGCUUUAUCCAGUAACUCCCCCCUCCGUGAGCGAACAAAACCAUUAGGAAAAAUCACUAUUUUUUGCCCAAAAACCCACCCUCCUAGAGCGAACAAAAAUUUUUUUAAUAGAAAAAUUUUUUAUGGAAAAAAAUAUUGAUACAUAAGUGAAUGAAAUCUCUAGCUAAUUCUGUUUCAUUUUAAACAAAUUGCGUUUUAAAACAUAAAUUUUGCAACUUAAAUUUAUAUUUGCUUUCCAAUUUUUGCGAAUUAGGAUUUUUUCAAAUUUCGAAAAAAAAUUAACCCCUCUCCAUGAGCGAACAAAAAAAUCUUGUUCGCUAACGGAGGGGGGGAGUAAGAGUUUUUAUUAAUUUUUUUUCGAAAUUAAAUUAUUCCAAAGUAAAAAUAACGUAAUUUAUGAAGUUUAAGUUUAAAAUUAAUAGAUAUAAAAAAAAAUUUGGCUCACGGAGGAGCGUGCUUUUUUAAAAAUUAGGGGUUUUUCUUGGUUUUGCCACUAUGCAGAGUAAGCAAAUUUGAGUUCUUUAAUAUAUUGAAGCUAGAAGUUUGGGCUUUAGUUUAA